AGCUUUUUGGGCUCAAGACGAGCCCUGCCCCCCGCCCUUCACUGCAGCGCCAUGUAGUGGCUCCGCGGGAUGGCGGCGGCCACCGCCCGCCUCGCCGCCGUGGCCCUCGCGACGCACGCGGCCUCCGCCGCCGCCGGGGCCCACCGCCCGGCCACCGCGGCGGCCGCGAGGCCGUUGGCGGGCGAGGCGCCCGCCCUGCAGCAGCACCACGCCGCGGGGGCGGCGCGCGCGGACGGGCGCGAGCCCGGCGACAAGUUCGACUUCGAGUACCGGGAGAGCGGGACCAACCUGCGAACUUCGGCCACCUUCGCGGCGAACCUGUGGAGGGGCGCGAGCAGGGCCUAUGACUUCCGCCACAUGGACGACCUGGAGCCGGUCGCUCCCAUGGACCGGCUGGCCCCCGACGGAUCUGACGAGGUCGUGGACGUGCCGGGCGCGCACCGGCACGCGCUCUACGUGCCGCCGUACAUGAACCCCGACUCCUUCCCCACGGUGUCUGGGCCGAGCUGCGACUGCGAGAGGUCCGAGCCGGCGCCGCUGACGCCCUCAGAGAUGGAGUGGGCGAGGAUCGUGGCAGACCAGCUGGGCGUGCCCGUGGACAAGCUCCCGAGGGGAGGCGCGAACAAGUGCUCGUGCGACAACAGCACGGGCUCCGAGGUGUACCACUGGGCCAACCUGGAUCCUAUCAAAGGAGGCACGGGCUACAGGAUCUCCCCUGCGGACGUCACCUACGCCUCAGGCGACUACUGGGAGCCGCAGGUGGCACCUGGCGGCGUCGUUGCGCCCGAGGACAGACUGCCCAAGGACCACUACCCGAUCCAGGCGCGGUCCGACAGGAUCUCGCCGCUGCCCACCACGGCCCUCGAGGACAAGAUCGGCGUGCGCUUCGCCCGCUACAUUGACCAGCUCGAGGCCCGCCGCGCGAAGUGCGACGACUCCUCCCCCGAGUGCACGACGCCGUGCAAGGCCGGGGACCAGGUCGUGCUGGCGAUGGGCAACAGAGCGCUCAACGCCACCGUGGUGUCGCUGCAUCUCGCGCGGCGCGUGCGCGUGGAGUUCGUGCCUCCCAGCCUGUCUCCCGAGCCCGCCGUGGGCGGCGGCGCCGCGUGCCUGGUCGCCGCGGGCUGCGACCCGUUCCGCUUCUGCCUGGGCGCGGCGGGCGGCGACGGCAGCAGCGCCGGCCUGUGCGUGGAGCCCAGGGGCGUGUCGUCCCAGGGGCUCCGCGGCGCGCUGCGCCGCUCCCUCGCCUGCCCGCGCGGCACCGCGCCGUGCGCCACCGUGCAGCAGGACGUGGCGGCGAGCCGGCUGCGCAGGGGCGGCCGGGCCUGCGCGCCUCUCGCAAGCGACCCCGCCGCGGCCUGAGAGCGAGCGCGCGCGCUGGCGCGCGGGGCGGAUCGCGGCUGCCUGGGGCGGCGCUGGCCGCAACACACCAGCUCACAACAGACGCCCGAUCCCGAAAACGCGAG